ACACAGACGGUGACACCAUGAAAGCAUUUUCUUCCAUGACCAUUUUCCUCUGCUCUUCUUCACGCCGUCUCUUCAUCCGUGCAACAGCGCCACCGUUCUUCAAUUCCGACGGUGGUCAACCGCUCGUCGGAAUCUCCUAUUUCUCAACCUCAUCGUCGGACUCCUUCGCCUCCUCGGCGUAUCAUUCAUCUUCAAGACGCAAUCCGGAGGAUGUUAGAAACGUGAAGGUUUCUGUGUGGUGGGACUUCGAGAACUGCUCAAUACCUUGUAGCGUCAAUGUCUAUAAAGUUACGCAGUGCAUAACUUCUGCAGUCAGAGCAAAUGGUAUCAAAGGACCCAUUCAAAUUACGRCAUUUGGCGACGUUCUUCAAUUAUCUAGGUCUAAUCAGGAGGCGCUGUCUUCCACAGGGAUCAACCUCACUCACAUUCCUAACGGGGGGAAGAACAGUGCUGAUAGGUCUCUUCUAGUGGACCUCAUGUAUUGGGUUUCUCAAAAUCCACCACCCGCGCAUCUUUUUCUGAUUUCUGGGGACAGAGAUUUUGCUAGCAUUUUACACCGUUUAAGAAUGAAUAAUUAUAACAUACUUCUUGCUAGUAAAGAAAAUGCUCCUGCAGUUCUUUGUAGUGCCGCAAGUAUCAUGUGGCAGUGGACUGCAUUGGUUAAAGGGGAAAAUUUAAGUGGAAAGCAUUUCAACCAACCUCCAGACGGUCCUUAUGCUUCAUGGUAUGACCAUUAUAGAGGUCCUCUUGAGGAUCCUUUUGCAUUAUGUAAUCAAACCUCAUGUAUGCAAUCAGAGGAGGUUUCUGAUUCAAAUUCAGACACUAAGCUUCGUCCAGUUCCUAAGGCAGUUGUGAAUGUGAUACGUAAUAUAUUGAAUUUGUAUCCUAAAGGGCUCUCAAUUACAGAACUUCGAGCUGAGUUGUGGAAGAGCAAUGUUACUAUUGAGAAGAAUUUUUAUGGUCAUAAGAAGUUCUCCCUUUUUCUCUCGUCCAUGCCAUAUUUGUUGAGACUUCAAAAUGAGAAAGAUGGGCAAUWUAUUGUACAUGGAGUUGGUUCAAAAAGUCGUGAAACAUGUGUGCCUACUCCCGAUACGGCUACAAGUCUGAGUAUGAGUACAAAAGACUCGGUUCCAGUUGUUGCUUCCAUGGAAGAUGGUGGUCACAACACUUCCGUGCCCCAUCAGAAGGAAAUAUUGUCAUCAUCCUCCAAACUAAAUGUACCAAAGCUUUGUACAGACUUGCAAGCGCUUCCAGAAAACCAGGAGGAGCCACAGCAAGUUCAGGAGGAAUUAUUGUCAUCAUCCUCCAAAUUAAAGGCACCAAAGGUAUCUACAGACUCACAAGCACUUCCAGAAAAACAGGAGCCACAGAAAGUUCAGGAACAACCUCCUCUUAUUGAGAGGGCAAAAGAAGGUGAAGUGAGCCUUGGUCAGUUGUACCCAAUAAAGAUGAAGAGACCUAUACCUGAAGUGGGAAUUUUCAAGUCUAUCUGGCAGAAGUGGUUUAGAGGUAAUGAUGAUCAUCAAGAGAAAACCUGUUAUAGUGUUAAUGAGGGUUCUACUUCCCAAAAUAGCACUGAUACAGUAAAUGCUGAUGUGAAAUCUGUGCAAUCAAAAGAUCAAUCUUCUAAUCUGGGAAAGCUGCCCCCAUCUUAUUUGUCAACUAAUGAAGGGAUUCAAGAUGCAGAAAUUGUUCAGAAACGUGCAGAAAAUGUUGAUAAAGUUAGCAAGCAUCAUGGAAUUUUUAACCAGAUUGUGAGAUUGUGUAAAUUUUGGCAAAGUGAUAAGAACUCUGAUAAUCUAAAUGCAGAAGUCAGUAGAAGUGAUAAAGAGGCAUCAAGUCUUUCAGAGAUGCAGGAAAUCUUUACAGAAUCUUUUUGGAAUGACAUGUUGGCUUUCUUAGAAACCUCCAAAGGUUCAGUCUCAGUUUUGCAGUCCAAGACCAGGCAGGAGAUGGUGCAAAAUUUACAGCGGUUUGGACCUUGUCGACUUCAAUCACUAAGUGAAAAGCAUAUUUUACACCUUGUGGAGAUGCUGAUUUCAGAGAAGAAAUGGGUGGUAGAAAGCCCAUCCCAGACUUUUCCUUUUAGACUCAUUGGAGGUGGUUCUGGCAAACGUACUAAUUCAAAAGAGUCUACAAAGCUAAGUUCGCAGUUCACAGAGUCAGAUAGCAAUUCACAAGGACAAGAACGUCAAGUUGGGGGUUCUAUGCUUCCCAUCAAGAAAAAAACCUCUCCCAAAAGCCGAAGGCAGAUAUUAAGCGAUUGUCAGAAGCUUGUGAAUGAGGUUGUUAAAGAAUAUCCUGAUGGAUUUAACAUUAGCAGCUUUAAAAAAUUGUUCCUCGACAGGUAUGGCUAUCAUUUGGAAGUUCAACAGCUUGGUUACCAGAAGCUUGCAACUGUGCUUCAGAUAAUGCCAGGGGUGAAGCUAGAGUCUAAUUAUAUUCUUCCAGAUCACUCGAGGGGUUUACAUUCAGAAAAAACAGGUCCUAUUAUUGAGGAGUAUCCUAAAUCAGAUUUGUCAAGACUGGAGGACGACAUCCAAUGGGACGAACUGGGACCCAUUGCCGGAAUGAAUACCAAGAAAGAUGAUGACAAAAUCAAUCAUGAUUUUGAAACUGUAUCAGAUAACGAUCUCUCUGAUUCAGAAGACGAUAGUUCUCCAAGAGGAUCGCGAAACCAAGCUAAGCGUAGGACAGAAGGCGAUAGCUCAUUACUACAGAUACUUGAUUCAUGGUACAGUAACAAAGAGGAUAGCAAUAACAGGAUAGCAUCAGAGUGCUCCUCUGAUAUGAAUAUAGAUCACGUGCACGAUACCAAGAAGCCAUCUUGUUUGUCCAGUGAGGCUGACAGGAGUCAUCCUAAACGGAUAAACUCCGAACAGGAGCAGAAACUUUCAAAGCGUUACUCAUUUGUGGCUGACAAACCCACAGACGAUAACAACUUGAUAGAUGGCAUAUUGGGUAGCUUGAAGAAGUCAGGUAAUGGUUCAUCAGAGCCUAAAAUUGAGGGCUGAAGGAUCAAAGGAGAUGGUAAUUCUGGCCUUUGCCAUUGAGAAUUUAAAUGAAGAACACGAUCUUUCUAGUACACCCAUUUGUGAUAUCUUGAUUCUAUCAAUUAUAUGAUAAAGAGAAGAUCAGAUUUCCAAUGUUUGGAUAUAGAAGUUGAGUUUAUGC